AACCCUUGAUGUGGCCUUGUGACAAUACUCACUUCAGUUUUGAAACCAUUUUCAUAUUCACAAUGUGUUUUACUGAAGGCUGGUGCAAAUACAUGCCAUCUGCUGCACAAGAAAACGCAUUUUAACCGUGUUUCCCACUACUUCUACUUUAGUUUGUUCAUGUAGUCAAUGAUGGCAGGUUCUCCCAGAUGCUGGAACAACUGACAUGCUAAGUAGUUUGAGAACUAUCUGCAGAUGCCAUAUCUUGAUGAUUGUGCGGCAAAUCACCAGUAGACUCAUAAUAAACCCACACCUGUAUGCCCACCUGAGAAAACCCUGGGGCGUCCAUGGCAUGGCUAGACCCAGUUCAGACCUAGCAGCAUUCAGAGAGAUUUUCUCCAAAGCUAAGAAUAUCGCCAUCAUCACUGGAGCAGGGGUGAGUGCUGAGAGUGGAGUCCCCACCUUCAGAGGAGCAGGAGGCUUCUGGAGAAAAUGGCAAGCACAGGACCUGGCCACCCCAGAGGCCUUCUCCAGGAACCCCUCUCGUGUUUGGGAGUUUUAUCACUACCGCCGAGAAGUCAUGCUCACAAAAAAUCCCAACCCCGCUCACCUGGCCAUCGCUGAGUCUGAGGAACGACUCGGCAAACAGGGGCGCACGGUUACCGUCAUCACUCAGAACAUCGAUGAGCUCCAUCGCCGUGCUGGAUCCAAAAACAUCCUGGAACUCCACGGUAGCCUGUUCAGAACACGCUGCCUGACCUGUGGCCAUGAAGCAGCUAAUUAUAACAGCCCCGUCUGUGCCGCUCUCAAGGGCAAAGGAGCACCAGACCCAGAAACAGAUGACGCCCAGAUCCCUGUUCAGCAGCUUCCCAGGUGUGAACAGACAGGCUGUCACGGUCUCCUGAGACCAGCUGUGGUUUGGUUUGGAGAGACACUGGACUCCGACAUCCUCACCCGCUCAGAGAAAGUGCUGGACAGCUGUGACCUCUGCCUUGUGGUCGGCACUUCAUCAGUUGUGCACCCAGCGGCCAUGUUUGCUCCUCAGGUGGCAGCCAGAGGUGUUCCUGUGGCCGAAUUUAACAUGGAAGACACACCAGCCACCAUGCGCUUCAAGUUCCACUUCCAAGGCCCUUGUGGGACCACGUUGCCCCCUGCACUGGCACGCCAUGAGACCGAACCAAACUGAAUACGAGUCCAGCUGUACACAGACCAGACUGUCUAACACUGGACGACUUUACUAGUACAAAUGCCUUGAAUUAUGGGUUAAAUAUGAUGAUGAUGGAUCAGUCUGUAAAUUGAUGAGAAAAAAAUGAUUAAAAUGGUGUCAAAGUGAA